AUGAGACUUGCAGGAAGACAGCAUGGCUUCAAAAGCUUCAACUCUCCCAUAUGGUCCUUCGCGACAUGUCUGUAUCUGACUCCGUUUCUGCCAUUCUCGCGUGCGCAAGAUGUCGCCAUCAGCACCUCAAGUCCAGGCAUCGCUGUGCCUUCCACCACAGUCUCACCAGAUGCCUCACCACCAACGACCCUUACCACUACAUCUCCUCCUACUUCCACCGACCCCGCACCUCCCGAACUCUUCCCCACCCACCCCUCCUCACACGUCCAACCCGUCCGCGACGCCUCCGUCUUCAACUACUACUUCCUCUUCCUCUUCAUAUUCGCCGUCAUCAUCGCCAUCCUCCUCCUCUGGUUCCACCGCAGGCGACAACAGCGCAAACAGCAGCUGCGUCAGAAUGGGCAGCACGCGCUGGCGAGGGAUCUAGAGGGAUGGGCGGGAACGCGACGAUUCAUGCAUGAGCGGCAAGGGAUUCGGCCUUCUGCGGCGACGAGGGAGGAGGGGUUGAAUGAGGCUGGGGAGGCGCCGCCGCCUUAUGACGGGAAGGGUACGGAGACAGUUUCGGUUGGAGCGGCGAGCGAGACGGGUGAGGUUGGUGUACCGUUGCGGGCGCUCGUACGGGAUGAGCGGGCUCAGGAACCACCGGGAUACGAUGCCACUGAUCAUGAGGAUACAUCAUACAACGUGGGGCGGAGGCCGGUGGUUACUUGA